CGAGCAGCAACGCCUGGGACCCCGGCCGCCCCGCCUGCAGGGAGCAGCCAUGUCACCGUUUCUUCGCAUUGGUUUGUCCAACUUCGACUGUGGGUCCUGUCAGCCCUGCCAGGGAGAGGCUGUUAACCCUUACUGCGCUGUGCUCGUCAAAGAGUAUGUUGAAUCAGAGAAUGGGCAGAUGUAUAUCCAGAAAAAGCCAACAAUGUACCCGCCCUGGGACAGCACUUUUGAUGCCCACAUCAACAAGGGAAGAGUCAUGCAGAUCAUCGUGAAGGGCAAGAACGUGGACCUGAUAUCCGAAACGACCGUCGAGCUCUCCUCUCUGGCUGAGCGGUGCCGGAAGAACAACGGGAAGGCGGAGAUAUGGUUAGAGCUGAAACCUGAGGGCCGAAUGCUAAUGAAUGCAAGAUACUUCCUGGAAAUGAGUGACACAAAGGACAUGAGCGAAUUUGAGACUGAAGGCUUCUUUGCUUUGCAUCACCGCCGAGGAGCCAUCAAACAGGCCAAGGUCCACCACGUCAAGUGCCAUGAGUUUACUGCCACCUUUUUCCCACAACCCACGUUUUGCUCUGUCUGCCAUGAGUUUGUCUGGGGUCUGAACAAACAAGGCUACCAGUGUCGACAGUGCAAUGCAGCAAUUCACAAGAAGUGUAUCGAUAAAGUGAUAGCUAAGUGCACAGGAUCAGCCAUCAAUAGCAGAGAAACCAUGUUCCACAAGGAGAGAUUCAAAAUUGACAUGCCACACAGAUUCAAAGUCUACAAUUACAAGAGCCCGACCUUCUGUGAGCACUGUGGGACCCUGCUGUGGGGCCUGGCGAGGCAAGGACUCAAGUGUGACGGUGAGUCUGCCAGGAAAGGAGCGUGGGACCCGAUGUGGGACCCCUCAGGGGUGGCUCGCUGCUUAAGGGAUAGUGAACACAUCUUCAGAGAAGGUCCAGUUGAAAUCGGUCUCCCAUCUUCCAUAAAAGGCGAAGCAAGGCUGCCAUGUGUACCAGCGUCUGGGAAGAAAGAGCCUCAGGGAAUCUCUUGGGAGUCUCCUUUGGAUGGGAUGGAGAAAAUAUGCCAUCGUCCAGAACCUGAACCGAACAUAGAAAGACCAUCUCUACAUAUGAAACUAAAAAUUGAGGAUUUUAUCUUGCACAAAAUGUUGGGGAAAGGAAGUUUUGGCAAGGUCUUCCUAGCAGAGUUCAAGAAAACCAAUCAGUUUUUUGCCAUAAAAGCCCUAAAGAAAGAUGUGGUUCUGAUGGACGAUGACGUUGAGUGCACGAUGGUGGAGAAGAGAGUGCUGUCCUUGGCCUGGGAGCAUCCGUUCUUAACGCACAUGUUCUGCACGUUCCAGACCAAGGAAAACCUCUUUUUUGUGAUGGAGUAUCUCAACGGAGGAGACCUCAUGUACCACAUCCAAAGCUGCCACAAGUUUGAUCUUUCCAGAGCCACGUUCUAUGCUGCUGAAAUCAUUCUGGGUCUUCAGUUCCUUCAUUCCAAAGGAAUCGUGUACAGAGAUCUGAAGCUUGAUAAUAUCCUGUUAGACAAAGAUGGACACAUCAAGAUAGCAGACUUUGGAAUGUGCAAGGAGAACAUGCUAGGAGACGCCAAGACCAACACUUUCUGCGGGACCCCGGACUACAUCGCCCCGGAGAUCUUGCUGGGUCAGAAAUACAACCAUUCUGUUGACUGGUGGUCCUUCGGCGUUCUCCUCUACGAGAUGCUGAUUGGGCAGUCACCUUUCCAUGGGCAAGAUGAAGAAGAGCUUUUCCACUCCAUCCGCAUGGACAAUCCCUUUUACCCUCGAUGGCUUGAGAAGGAGGCAAAGGAUCUUUUAGUGAAGCUCUUCGUGAGGGAACCUGAAAAGAGACUAGGAGUGAGGGGAGACAUCCGCCAGCAUCCUUUGUUUCGGGAGAUCAACUGGGAAGAGCUUGAAAGAAAGGAGAUUGACCCACCCUUCCGGCCUAAAGUGAAAUCACCGUGCGACUGCAGCAAUUUCGACAAAGAAUUCUUAAAUGAGAAACCCCGGCUCUCACUGGCUGACAGGACCCUCAUCAACAGCAUGGACCAGAACAUGUUCAGAAACUUUUCCUUCAUUAACCCAGGGAUGGAGAGGUUGAUAUCCUGAACCACUUCCCCUGACACUCCAGGGAACUCGCCAUCUCCCUGCAAACUGGUUCAAAUGUCACUCCUUGGAUUCCUUUUCACCUUGGAAAAGAAAAGAAACACUCAAUAAUGCCGGCUGAGACCUUGAGCUCCUCACUGACUUUGUCUCUGCAGCAGAACGCAGCUCCACUAAUUACAGCGCCCUUAGGUGUCUCUCCUGUCUUCUCCUGCAGCCACCUUGAAGUGAGGUCAUUACUAACCACUUAUUUACCGGAACGACGGCUCUCCUCCUCACUGUGAACCAUCUGAAAACCUAACAUCGCCCUACAUUGUGGCUCUUCACGUGGGCACCAACGGCUGAUCAGUGAAAUACUUGGUGACCCAAGGGGCACAGUGAGGACGGACUUCUCGAGACCGAAACAGCACGUUGCCUGGUGUAAGAGUGGACUUCCGUCAGCCACAGACAAGUAGCCACUAACCGUUUUAUCCUGUCCACUCCUGGGGAAGUGUAAGUGGUAGGGGAGGAAGUCAUGGAUAGGUGUUUAUGGGAAUCCUUCACAAUAAACAUAGCUUGUAACUUGAGAUUUACAAAUCCAUUCAUUCUGAUCAGCCAUGAAAUUCUUGGCAAAGAGGAAAAUGGUAACCGAGAAGAGUUCAUGUCACUGAGAGGGAGGGUUUAAUUAAACAUCUACUCCAGCUAUCUUAUCAGCGUAGAUAUUGCACUUAGAGUCCAACAAAGAUAGACUCUUACUCCCGCCAGCAGACCCCCCCCCAUCCACCCGCUCUCACGUGAUUUCAAUAUCCAUGGAAGUCACUCACUACAGUCCUCUUCACACAGUAACAGAAAGGGCAUAAUUCUUCCAAGAGAAAAGAAAACCAAUCUCUUAUGAUACCCUUAAUGGUGAUAUCAUGACUCAUAAGUCUCCCUUUAGGCAUUAUUUAAGAUAAAAGACCCACGCAGGCUACUUGGAGCAGUCAGUCUUGUUUGAUGAGAAUUCUAGCUAUAUAUUUUUAAGUACCUGUGCUGUUUGUAUAUUUUGAUAAAAUAUUGUGACUUACUGGCAAGUAGAUGGAUAUGUAAAAA